GCUUGAUCAACUAAAGUCAACAUAUCUCCUCCCUGUAUGUCUGCACAUUUUCCUUUUUCCUUGUUGCUUCCAUUCCUUUUCCCUCAAAGCUAGCUAACCUGCUCGUGAAACUACUAAGUAAUUAACUUUUCUUCAUCUUUAAAUAUAAGUGUGCAAUGCAAUGAUUCCCUCUUCUCUUUCAACAUCUAUAUAUGUAUUAGACGUUCAAAUUGUGUAAUGGCACAAUCACCGAGUGUUUCUCGUGCCUUUGGACAUUCCGGGAGGAAUUUCAAUUCCAAAUGUUUCAAGCUCUAUCAGAUGUGUCGGAGGAGAGUCUAUUAGAAUCAAUUCUGAUGUUCUCACCUUACAACUGGAAUAGACUAUCUAAUUGCUGUCUAGUGCACUAGUUCUGCAAUGUUGCACUUGCCAAGUAAAUGUGUACAUGGAUACUCCCAAAUAGGAGGUCUCAAGUUCGAACUUGUGAAAAUCAAAUUCACGUGGAGAAGAAGUGAACAUAGCUGACGGGACUACUCUGAACGAGAAAACUUAUGGAUAUCCGGUAUCCAAAAACAAAAAAUAGAAAUAAGAAAUGAUACAAGGAAAUUAGAAAAGAAGGUUUUUACAUAAAUACUUGCAUAGCAAGAAAUAGAAAAAAUAAUUCAUUAGAUUGUACGAAAAGUAGUAGCGUUGUCAACAAAAAAUAAUGGGAAAAUCUCAUUUUUUAUGAUUUUGACUGAACAACUAUAUCGUAAGAAAAAUGGUUUGUACCGAAACAGAACCCACAAUUACCACGGUUAAGUAUAACUAAACUUGUAAGACCAUGUUUUUAUUGCACUAUUACAGAUGUUGGAACAUUUCAACCGUGAAAUGCGCCGGCCUGGGCGGCAAAACUGCAUCCGGUCACUUUUAUGCUUCAUUUGGGUUACAUUUCCAAGGUACAAAAAGAUUUGGCUUCAAUUGUCCAUCUGGCUUAUGAUGGAUGGUUCAUCAAACGCUAUACCGUUGAAUUAGAAAAGUAUCAUGGUGAACUCUAUGAUCAUGUCAAAGAAGCUGUGCCAUCAUCAUGGGACCCUGAGGCAGUGGCAAGGUUCAUUGAACGUUUUGGAACUCAAGUCAUUGUCGGGGUUAGCAUGGGAGGAAAGGAUGUGCUAUAUGUUAGACAAGAAGAUACAUCAGAUCCCCAUGAUCCAGCUAGUAUUCAAAAACUUUUGACAGAAACAGCUAGCCUGAAGUUCAUGGAUUCUGCAAAUAGUCAUCAUGUGGCUUCUCAAGACUUAAGUAACAUAAAAGAGAAUCUUUUUGAGAUACACAUUAGGAGGGGUGGAAGCAGUCAAAAUAUGAACCAUAGUGAAUGGUUAGAUACUAUUGACACAGAGCCUGACGUCAUAUCAAUGCAUCUUCUCCCUCUGACAACCCUUUUGUCAGGUAUCCGUGGAGUAGGAUUUAUGAGCCAUGCUAUAAACCUCUAUCUUCGAUACAAACCUUCAAUGGAAGACCUCCAUCGGUUUUUAGAGUUUCAGCUACCAAGACAAUGGGCCCCUGUACUUGGCGAGAUACAUCUUGGUUCUUACCGGAAGCAUCAAGUGAACACCUGGCUACGUUUUAGUAUCUUGGGUCCUAAGCUUUACAUAAAUACAACUCCAGUAGAUGUAGGUAAUAGACCAGUAACUGGCCUUAGAUUACAAUUGGAAGGGAGUAGAAGCAACCGGUUGGCCAUUCAUCUGCAGCAUCUAGCUUCCUUACCCAAGUCCUUACCACUUGCAGACAAUGCAAAUGCAUAUUUAUCUUGUGACUCAUACAGCUGUACCUUCCAUAAGAAAGUGAAACGGAACUGCUUUUCAUAUGUUUGCACCGCUCCCGUUGAAUCGGAUGAUAGCCUUUCCAUUGUCACAGGAGCUCAGUUACAAGUUGAAAAGAAGUGACUCCUUUUACGGCUGCGCUUUUCCAAAGUUAUUGGUGCUACGCUUCAGAAGCCACCUGAGUGGGAUCAAUCCCCCAAUAGUGACCUGUCCAGGAGCAAGUUUUGGGACAUCACUUCUUGUAUUCCCAAAGGGGGACAUAGGAAUUAGGAAUCAUCCAAAGCCUGGAGACGUGACCAUUGGUUCUGCUGUAUAUCCUACUGGCCUCCCCGUACCAAUAAAUACACCUAAGCUUCAAAGGUAUGUGGAUCCAACAGAAAUGAUCAGAGGACCAGAAAACGCUCCAGGAUAUUGGGUUGUGUCCGGAGCAAAGCUUUCUGUACACAAUGUGAAAAUAUAUCUCCUUGUUAAGUAUUCACUAUUGCGCUUUGUUAUACAGUCUGAGAUCAAAGCUUCCUAAAAGUGCUUUAAUGCUCAGUAGACCGAAGUUUGUUAAGUGCCACACUGGCUGCCAAGUUAGCUUAUUUGGUGAUGUUUUGCGCCAGAAGUUGUAUUGGUUUUAUUGGCACAUGUAUAUGACAGAGUGUCUUUGACAACAUUGAUGUGUAUAAAAUUUGAGUUUGUGAA